UGUUGCGGGGGAGGAGGAGGAAGGGGAACUGGAUGCUGAGCCCGGGGUUGCUGGAAUGGGCUCCGGGGGAGACCCGGUGGGAUUUCCUCCCGAGAGCUCUGCACAGAAAAGACUUUUUUGCUUUACCCCGUCCCAGAACAAGGCCGCCCGCGCACUAACAUCUUUCCGCCGCCUCUCGCUGUUGUCCAUCAGGACUUGCGCGCGCGCGCCCUCUCUUUCGCCUAAGGCGGGGCGUUAACAUGGCUGAGCUCUGCGGCGGACUGACAGCCGCUUCCGCCCCGCUGCAGACCCCAGGUUGGCCGUGAGGAGAAGCGCGAAGAAGCUCAGCGUCUGGCCUCCCGUGUGGCUGCUGCUGGUACUGCGCUGCCGGCCCCGCGCCCUGCUUUGGCUUACCGCUCUCUAUCCCGCCUCGUUUGGGAGCUGGUCGCAAGCGGGGUCGCCAAAAGUUGACGCCGCCCGCGCAGAAGUCUUGAUCCUGUUUGGUUUUGCUGGCUUGAAAUUAUCAUCUUGUUUUCGUGGUUUUUUCCCUAUACCUAUACUUAUUCAUAACCUAUUACAAGGACUUUACAAGUGAAAAGAUGUCUCAGGAUCCAAAUAUACCAAAUGUAACUGAGGGAAAAUCAGAUGUGCCACAGGAUAAUCAACAGGACCAUGUGGACAAUGCAGAACAGUGUGUCCGAAAGAAGAUUCGACAGAACACACCAAGUCCUAGUAGAAGCAACAAAUCUGAGGCUAGCCCUGCUCAGUUUGUGUCAGUGGAGGAACUGAUGGAUACAGCAAAAGGUGUUACAAACAUGGCCUUGGCCCAUGAGAUUGUUCUCAAUGGAGGUUUUCAGAUUAAGCCGACUGACUUGCCAGAAAACAGUCUUGAAAAAAGAGUAAGAGAUAUUGUCCACAAAGCUUUUUGGGAUUGCUUGGAAGCACAGUUAAAAGAAAAACCCCCUUCAUACGAUCACGCAAUUAAACUUGUAGGAGAAAUUAAAGAGACUCUCUUGUCUUUUUUGCUGCCUGGCCAUACUCGAUUAAGAAAUCAGAUUACCGAAGCUCUUGAUCUGGAGCUGAUAAAACAGGAGGCUGAGAAUGGUGCCCUUGACAUUUCUAAGCUGGCAGAAUUCAUCAUUGGAAUGAUGGGGACACUCUGCGCUCCAGCAAGAGAUGAAGAAAUCCAGAAGUUGAAAGACAUUCAUGAAAUUGUUCCCCUGUUCAGAGCAAUUUUUUCCGUGUUGGAUUUGAUGAAAAUGGACAUGGCUAAUUUUGCUGUCAGUAGCAUUAGGCCACAUUUAAUGCAGCAGUCAGUAGAAUAUGAAAGAAAGAAAUUUCAGGAACUGUAUGAAAAACAGCCAAAUUCCUUAGAUUUUGUGACUGAAUGGCUGCAAGAAGCCAUGGUUGAUCUACAGUCCAAAGUUGCCUGUGCUAGUAAUAAUGGUGCUGCCUCACCCAGUAGAGUUCCGGCACUGAGUCCUGUUGCUGUACAAAAUCAUGCAUAUAUCCAGCUACUCAAGUGGAAUCAUCUGCAGAAACCUUUUCCAGAAACUGUCUUAAUGGACCAAAGCCGUUUCCAGGAAAUGCAGCUGGAAUUGGAUCAGCUUAUUCUAAUUGGUGCUAUUCUUCUGGUCACAUUCAAUGCAUCAGGCACAGCUCUUUCUGAUUUGCCAGCUUUUACCAACGAACUCAAAAUGGCUAUCCAAGUAUUGCUGACAGGCCUACACCUUCCUUCCUUCAACUUGGAUGAAACUUUGGCUGUUGUAAGUGAAAAGAUUUGUGCUGAAGUUAAUAGUUGCCUUUCCCAGCAUGGCUUCACACCAUUUACAUCUGAAAAAGUGAUUGUGCUUAAAGGACAAAUCCAGGCUCUUGCCAAUCCUGAUAACGCUGUAUGCAAACUGAUAGAUUCAAGGAUCCAGUUGUUUUUAGAGAAUUACCUUGCUUGUGGUCAUCAGAAAUCACUUCCUCCUGUGCUUGGUGGAUUGGGCCCUAUUCAGAGAGAGCUGGAGGAGAUUGCUAUCAAGUAUAUUCGCCUUGUUGACUACAACAAGCUGGUUUUCAGUCCUUAUUAUGAUGCAAUUCUCAGCAAAAUAUUGAAUAAAGAGUUUCCUUAGCUGUGAAGAAAACUGAAAAAUGCCAAGUCCAUUUGUAUGCAGUCCCUCAACAAUAGAAAUUCAGAUGGGGGCCAGAAGGCUGUUUUAGUCUGCUUUUACUCUUUUUUGUCAAAAUUAUAGGGCUGGAAAAUAAAAGCUUCCUUUAGAUACCAGUUGUUCAUUUAGGAUCCCUACAAUCAGUCCUGCCAUGUUCUGUACCCUUCUGGGUCACCUCUUCCUACACAGCCCACUGCUAUUCAGAGACUUCUCUUUAAAACCUGGGGCAGAUACAUUCAUGCAUGUAGGGUAAAAUGCAAGUAUAUCAUGCUGAUCGUACUCCAAUUGGACUUUUUACAGAAUUCCCCAGCAUGGUUGGCUUGCAUCACCGCAUUCCACUUGUUCCUUUCAGAUAGUAGUUUAGGAAUACAGAUAAAUUUAGGAAUCAAGUGAUUUGCUGUAUUCUGUCAAAGUGCAAUCAUACAUGGAAAAGAAUUGUGAAUCUAUGCUUGAAUAUUAUUGCUGGCUUACUGUGGUUACCUUUCAUCUAUUGAAAAAACAUUGAAACAUUUAAAGAAACAGCUUUCCAAACACGUUUCCAAAUAAUUCAGUAGCAGUGAUCAAAUAUCAUUAUGUAUAAUAUACAUAAAAUAUUUCAGCUUGGUAUAUAACUUUAUUAGCCAUAAUGGCCAUUGGCAACAUAUAAGAGUAAUUAUGAAAACCAUUCUGUUCGCAUAAUGCAAACUACAUGCUAACAGGUUCUUAUAUAGAUAUAGUACUUUAUAUAGUUCUUCAAGCCUGUUCUAAAAUCUACAACUUAAAUUUCCACAUAUUCAGAGUUUGAAUAUUGGUAGUUAAAGCACUUUAUAUGUAUUCUGCAAGCCAAGGCUCUUUUGUGUUUCUGCGAGCCAUGGUUUUCUAUAGCAUUUGUUUCUGUACCUGCAGAUACUCAGUCAAAAUCAUAUAUUUUUGUAGAAUAUUUUCCAGUUCUUUAUUUCCCUAUUCAUAAGAAUGCUGUUCUGUAGAUUCAAGGAAGUGUUUUUCUUUUGACCUGCAAGAACUCUUUUGAAAAGAGCGGUUUCUUAGUUUUCUAUUAGUGUAGGUUUUCUUUGCAGCAAAUACGAACAAGACCUUGAAUAAGAACUUUUCACUAGAUGUAACGAGAAAAUGGGAUGAGGUUUUAAACAUUAAGAAGGAAAUAAAAAUGAUAAUCUCAGAGAACAAUGAAAUAAUUUCCUAGUUUCUUAGUUUUCUAUUAAUGAAGUAUAAAAAGGCAAGCAAAUUUUUUUAAGCUGAAGCGGUUGAGUAAGAUAAAUCCACUGAAUGUUAAUGAAUAUCGUUUACAUAAAAGUUUGAGAUUAGAAGAAAAAACAGAUUAAAGUCCUAGUUUGUAUCCUCCUUACUAGUGAAAUAUGAAACUUCCAGUUCAAUUGCUAUUUUAGUUGCAAAUAUUGGCAUUAUUGUGCUCAUCUAUCUAGAUUGUAGUUGAUAGAAAUGACUUCUGUCUCAUCUGUGCCCGCAGCACAGAAUUUCACCUGCUCAGAUCUGACACUCUGCUCAAUCCAGAGGGGAAAAAAGAUGCUUCUAUGUAUGCAUAUCUCUUGCUCAGUUGGAUGCAAAAUAUUUAUUGGUUUAUAUGUUACAUAAACACAAAGGUUUAUGUUUAUAUGAUUCAUAUGUUACAGAUUGUUAAAAUAGCUCAUUUCUUACACAAGUAUUGAAAUUUGCUUGGCUGCCUUAAAAACUAAUUUCAAGAAUUCAUGAAAGCGAAUUCAUGAAACAAUCUGGGUUUUUGACAAAAUAACUGGGUUUCUGAAGCAGAAUUACUGGUGGAUUGCUUUCCAGUGUCGAAGUUUAAUGAAAUAAAUUCUAUUUAUUUAUUGUAUUAAUUAAAGUAGCUGAACUAAAAAAUGUUAUGUGUUAGAAUGAAAGUUAUAUUCAAAAACAGGAAUAAUAAAGCAGAGAAGCUUUAGUUGGAAAGAUGGAUGCAAUAUGGGAUCCAAAUGUUUAGUUGCCUUCUGUUAAAUAUGACUGAGUUUUGUUGUCAAAGAGCAAAAGAUCUCUGUUUUUUCACUUAAAUAAUCCUUUUAAUGAUUAGAAUUACUUAAAAACAAAAUAUUUGAUCAUAUUCUAAAUGAAACAAUAAUUGAUCUGCAGUAUAACCAAACCAAUUUUUUAUUGGUUUAUUGUGUUUUUUUGUAAUUUCUUUGUUGAUUGUUGUGAGUUGCACGGAGAUGCUGGGAGUUGGGUGGCAUACAAAUUUUAUUAUUAUUAUGUCUGGUUGCACAAUUAGCCAGAUGUUUAAGAAUGGAUUUGGCAUUUAAUAUUAAUUAUUACUUCAAUCCAACAAUAUGUUCAGUAUAUAUCAGUGUUGGCAAACCUAUGGAACGCAUGCCGCAAGUGGCACGCAAAAUCGUCCCGUGAGGAAUCCGCAGCCUCACUGGCUCCUCUUCUGCGUUCAUGCACACAUACGUGGAGGUCAGCUGGCUGUCGUGCACGCAGGAGCGGCAAAACCCGGAAGAGCAUCACACAUGUGCAGGCUGGCACCCGAACAGCUGGAAGAUGGCCAGCUGUUCGUCGGGUGCGCAUCCAUGCUGGAACCCAGAAGUUUGGGUGCUGGCUCGCGCAUGCGCAAGACUGCUGCUCUUCUGGGUAUCAGCGUUCCUAUAUGCGAAGGCCAGCGGGGCUGCACAUUCCUCGCGGGAUGGUUUUGCAUGACAUUUCCGGCACGCAGGCCACCAUGCAGUGACAUAAAAAGUUAGCCAUCACUGGUAUAUAUCAUUGAAAACUUUGUUUUUUUUAUAACGAAUGCUCCUGCAAAUGCCCUUCCUUUUGAAAUUUGAUGCCUCAGAAUUUUAAUAAGAAAAAUAGGAGUCCAAAUGUUUUUGUUUUAUGUAAACAAGCCGUUUAAAACUAGUAUUUCUAACAUUAAAAGAAUGGCCAGAAAUGGUAAAGCCAAAUCUAGUCAUUCAGUCUCACCAAUUCUGGAAAACUAGCCCUUACUUUAAACCUUUUUCAUUAAGAUCAGUUAGUCUUCAGAUUUUUAACUAUUAUCAGAUAUUUAAAUUUACCCAUCCACCAAUUUUAUUGCUUUAAGACAGAAAGCAAUUUGAAAAAACCCUUAUUGGUGGAAAUUUAGUAUUUUACCAGAAUUGUCCAAUAUGUAUGUGUUUAUGGGAAUUUUUGAAUUGUUAAUAUUCCAAGCUUGAUGUUUUUCCUCAGUGUUGCUGUCAUCUAUGCUGUCUGUGCAUCUUUAAUAUGAGAUGGUAAUUCAUCUGUAAUAAAUUAAUAAUUUUAAUGCU